AUGCAUCGCGGAACCCUUGCCUCUCACUGCCUCGGCGGCAAGAGCCGUAUCAAGGUGGUUGCGCGCUCAUGGUGUCCGCCGCGUGGUGUCGCAGCAGAAUUACGCGUCCCCUCCCUAGCAGCUUCCCGUCUGCUCAUGCGGAGUGGCAGUUGCGGGGGAGGCAGCAGCAUUGGCACCAUGCUGUCUGCGCUCACCAACCACCAGCACGGACCUGCUCAUCAGCAACUGCUGCACGAAGCACGGCGUCGGCCCUUCUUUGACUUGCCUGCUGCGAUAGUUGGAUUGGGGGAGCCGCAGCAAAUGCUGCAGCACCAUGAGUCCCAUGUGUCUAGACACCGCAAGGAAGAGUACUGGGAUGUUGUUAGAGACGUGGCGAGCUACAAAGACUUCAUUCCGUGGUGUAGCGAUAGUGGGAUAUUCCCAGGGGCUUUCGGCGGCACGUCUUGUGAGUCUCCUGAAGUUUUAAAGGCCUUAGGGCCCUUUUCGGAAGGCUCUGGGAAGGAUAUUUCAGAGGGUGUCGAUGUUUUCGACGGCUACUUGAGCGUAUCCCUAGGCUUGACGCAGGAGCGGUUCACAUCGCGAGUCUACUGUUUGCGGUGUGCAGACAGCUGGCGCAUUUGCUGCCGAGCCAUCGACUCGAACCUCUUUGAAACCCUCGUGCGUUCAGUUUCCGCAGUCACGUCUGCACCGAAAGACAGUCGGUGGCAGCCGCGUGAUGUGGCCGUGCUGCUGCGGAGGCUGGAUGUGCUGCAGCAGCAGUCCGAGACUGCAGCAGCUGCAAUGCAGGCUGCGAGCAGCAGCUGCGAGUUUGAGGCGCUAACGAGCGAUGAAUGCCGAUCUUUGCGCGUGUUGCUCUGCUGUCCGUCUGGUCUUCAAGCAGUCGGUGCGGCUUUUCUAGCCUUUGACAAUGAGCAGCAGGAGAGGCGAGCACUGCUGAGAACGCUGCGCGAUAUUUCUUAUGCGGCUUGUAUCCCUGGGAAGAGGGCGGAAUCUCUUCAAGAGAGAAAUUUGAAGGGCGCUAAGUCUGCCGCCCUUCUGCGGCGACUGUAUGACAGGUUUUUAGCGAUUAGUACCCAUGCUGGCUGCGCAGCAUCGGCCAAAGCUACACUUGCACGAGGCGACGCUACGGCUGCAGCAGGAACUGCUGCUGCAGAAACUACGCAAAAGUCUUGUCUUUUGGAGGAGGAAGCGAAGGCGCUUUGUUGA